UAUCCUAAAUUCAAAUUUGGUGCAAAUUUAGUUGAGGGUCACCAGCAUGCGCAUUACAGUUUUGGGCGGAGUUGCACCAACAACAUAACAUAACCUAUACUUUUUAUUUACGUAUUUUUACCUUGAUUCAUAAUCGCCCUAGUUUUUAAAAGGAAAAUCAGAUUUUAAAAUGUAAAAUAUUUUACAAAAGCCUUAAAAAUGAGCGACGACGACGAUGAGGAAUGGUCACGAAAGUUUUUAGAGGAAGAGGAACGACUUUUAACCAAAGGAGAUGAGUUGCAGAAGUUAAGUGUCAUUGGAUCUCUUCCAGAAUUACUCAAAUAUGACCAGAAGGGAACAGUGGCAAAAAUUAUACCAAAAAUUCAACAGGAGUUACCAAACUCAUCAUCAGAAUUCAGCUUGGCUGUGAGCAGAAUGUUUAAUAUUUUGAUUAAUAUGGACAUACCAGUUAAUUUAGUUCCACAAAUUCUGCAGGGGCUAGAAAACAGAGACCCAAUCAUAGCAAAUGCUUGGAUGGACACCCUCCUUGCAGUAAUACCGGUACUAAAAGAGCACAUAAUAAAAAAUGAAGUUCUUAAGUGUGCCAUUGCAAAGUCACAGUUAUCUAAAGCUGCAUAUUUUCGAGUGUCCAGCUGCAAAAUUUUAGGCCAAGUUUCUGUGCAUAAGACUAUGAAUCCUUUUGAAGUUAAAAAGGAUGUGUUACCACUUGUUCAAAGCCUUUGUCAAGACUGCUUCUAUGAGGUUCGUGCAGCUAUGUGUAAAGAACUUCCGAAUGUCGCUCAAGGUUUGUACAACCUGGGUGAUGCAAUUGUAAAAGUAAACCUUUUACCUCUACUGGUAGAGCUUUCUUCAGAUGAGAAUAUUAUGGUUAGAUCUGUUGCAAUUGAAUCAGUUGUAUCGAUUAUCCCAUUUUUAAGCAUAGAUACCAUAAAGGGGACUAUUAUACCUUUAAUAAAAAAAUUGUGUACAAGGAGUGCCUCAGAAGGUGAUACCACAUAUAUAUCCAUAGCAAGUGUGUUUGAUAUGCUGAUUAACAAUUUACAAACACACAUGAGUCCAGGUGAUAGUAUGUGGUUUUUAGACUAUUUUAAUCAUAUCUCCAAAAAAGGAUUAUCUUUAAUCGAGGACAUAGAUACUGAUCCUUCAAUUUGCAUGUUGUGUCGGGAACACUGCGCAUCUUGUCUCGCCAAAGUCGCUAUGAUGGUUCAGAGUUUAAUACCACAGGAAAUAUCUGGAAAAUGGUACCAUACGUUUAAAGCUUUGGCUGCGGAUCCGUGUUAUAUUGUGCGUAAGGCAGUGGCAACUCGGUUCGCUGAAGUCGUAAAAAUUCUUGCUAUGUCCAAUAAAGUCGUUGUGAUUGAUUUGACGAAACUAUUAAGAGAUGAGGACGAGGAAGUUUUACAGGCACUCGUACCCAAUCUGGGACGCAUCUUGGAAUUAUUUACUUCUACAGGCGUUCUACAAAGAGAAAUUCCAGUCCAAUCAACACUAGAUAUAGGACGAGCAAUGUUAAAAUGUCAACAUGAAGCCUUUCGAACAAACAAUUGGAGAAUGAAGGAAAGUCUGCUAAUCCAAUGGGAACGUUUGCCAAACUGUUUUCCUUCUGAUUUUAUCCAUCAACAUUUUUCACCUGUGGUUCUUGCCGCAACAGUCAAUGGAAGAGCUAGGCCAGUACGUUCGCAAGCCACCAGAACCCUUUUGAUUUUUCUUAAGUAUAGCGUCAAAGAGAACCAUCGCAAAUGGAUAAGGGAAAUGAUCGUGAACCAGUUAUGCUCGUCUCAGUGUUGCUACUCGAGGCAAAUGUUCAUUACCCUGUGCACUCACGCUUUGGAUAUUUUUAGUUGGAAAUAUUUCAAGGAGCAUUUUUAUUUACCAUUAUUGAGUUUAGCAGAAGAUCCAAUAUCUAUAGUUCGUCUGAGUAUGGUUAAACUCUGUCCAAUGCUCAAGUUAAUGCUAACACUGCCCCAAGACAGAGCUUUACAGUUAAAAUUGGAGAACAUUCUAUCGAAAAUGGAAAUGAUGGAAUCAGACAAGGACGUAAUCAUGAUGCUCAAACAGAAAUUGAGGGAGAUGCGCACGUUUAGAGGCAUAAAGAAUGAAGUUUUGGUCGAAGAUAAACGCAGAAUGGAUGAGGAAGAUAAAUUACUGAAAGGAAAAUGGACAUCUGUAAGGAAUGUAAUAGUAGCUGUUAGUAAUUCUGGAUUGCCGAAAGAAACUGGAUUAAACAAUUCAAUGUCAAAGGACUUAUCGGAUAAACCAGCUGCUUUGACUGUGCCUAAGCCAGGAACACCUAAAGUCACUAAUUCAGCAGUUCCGGUUAAAAGAGAAGGAAGCGCGAGUCCAAUGCCUUUCCUAGACCAGCACUUUUAUAUCGAUGCCGGUGUGUCCCUUCCUCAGGAAUUCGUUUCAUUAUUAUCUCAGAAAGAACGUGAUCUAAAAUCGCCAAUAAAAACGUCUGUUGAAGUCAGCAAACUGAUUGAAUCUGCAGAGAAUUUAACUUCUUGGCUGGAUGAAAUUAGUUUCACUGAUAACAAGCCAUCUUUUAGAGAAAACCGUGAUAAAAAUAUAAAGUUAGAGCCUCAGGAUAUGGUUAUUUCCGUUGAGAAUGUUAAUCCUGCAGAAACCUUGACUGAGAAUGACGUGAAGGCUUUGCAAACCACUACCACUAAUAUGACCGAUGACCUGAAAGUAAAUAUUCAAAGCGUUGAUAUAAAUCCAAGAUAUAAAAGAAAUUCUUGCAUUUUUACCAGCGAGCUUCGGCGUUCUAUCGUGUCUAAAUCAGAUUCUUCUUUAAAACGCAGAAGCUUACAUUUACCAAACGUAGAAAGUAAAAUUCCCAUAUCAAGGUCUUACAAAGCAGUUAGCGAACAAGCUUUAGACCUUAAAAAGAUCAAUAGAACAUCUAGGCUAAGUAAAAGUGCAAUAAAUUUAAAAGAAAAAAAAUCUAGAGAUACUACUAACAGUAGCAGUGAGGCCUUAUCAAACUCACGAAUUCCGUCCAAAGUAAAAAAAGAUUAUGUAGCUGACAAUAUUCGCCGAUAUAGUACAAGCGAUAAGACUACUAAACCAUAUUGUUUUAAAAGAUAUAGUGCCAGUGAUACUAAUUUACACUAUAAGAAGAAUGACAUUUUGGAGUUUGUUCAAAAUAACAAUGUUGAUUCUCAGGAAAACCGGCCAAGUAGUUCAAAUGCACCAAAUGAUAACGCGGAAUCUAAUUCUGGAUUGCACUUGUCAGUUAAAAGGAAAGGGAUGACUCGAUAAAAGUAGCGAAGUAUUAAAACAACUCAGUAUUUUUAUACAAGGUCAGGUGUACAUUUUUAGAAAUAUUUACUGUUGUUUGUUAAGGUUUUUUAAUAAUAUUUUAUAUUUAUGCUCUCUAUAUAUUUAUUAUAUACUCUUGUUGUUUAAA